UGCUAGUGAAUUUUCAUCUUCAGCACCGACCUCGUCUUUUAAUCGACUCUUUCCAGCAAAUCUUGGUUACGUUCUUCUAUGGUCUAUUUUGGAUUGCAUUCUUUGGCUCUUCAAGCCAUAGCUAUGUACGGAAAACAACAAUUAACAUUCGAGAAGAAAUAUAUCGAGCCUGGCUCUCCGAAUGACUGACCGUCAAGUCACUGAAUCAUCUGUUGGACUCGCAGGACGCCUUUCACAUGUACCCUAUAAACUAGGUAAGGCGGAGGAUUGCGGAUGGCAAUCCACGAGGAACUUAACUCAGAAUACGCCUGUAUUUAGGGAACUUGGCCCCUGCAAGACAUGGUUUCCAGCUCCUAAUACUGCUGAUGUACCAUGUCUUACUUCAUCAACUGGUGCUGUAUGGCAGGCAACCCGAAAACAGCAAAAGUGGCUAUUGAAAGCCUACCCCGAAGCCCACCUUGGAAAUGAAUGUAUCCAUGACCAAUUAUUGUCAUCGCAUUCACCAGAUCAGUUUCAUGAGGGUGAAGCCCGAUAUUCAUCUCUCUUUGCGAUCGGUGAGUUAACCGAUACAAGCGAUUCAAAGAAGAGCUCUGGUGCGCCGUUGAUAGCGACCGUUACUGGUGAGGCCGGCGAUAUCCUUCGUCUGGCCAAGCCGGGUACGGAAGAAUGGCAAUGGGGUGAAGAUGACAAUGUCUCACUACAAACUUCGAAUAUGAAGGAGACAGAUGAGUUUAUUCUAUACGAGGAGGAAGAACUUGCAGGGCCUAUUCGUUAUCUAAAAUCUGUAGUCGACUCAAAGAGAUACGACCCAACGCGCUGGGUUAUCGUCCAAAGAGACUCCGGAACCCGAGUGUUUCGACCGGAAUACCGCAGGACGCCGACGAUAUCCGAUUACACUAACGUAGAAACACCGUCUCGUAUUGCUGCAAACCCACUGUUCACCCUCUCCAAAAGCCAGACUGGAGGGAAUCCUCAUUCGGAUACGUCGUUCAACCCCGGCAUCAGGGCGAAGCCGCCUCAAUUCGGGCUCAUCGAUGAAUGUGGGUUCUGGAGUAUCUGGGAUGUCGCUCAUAUCAGAAUCAGAACUGGGAAGCCGCGUUUGAGUCUCAGCAAAUGCGGUCAUAUCGAAAAGGGUGUUUUGAGUCAUUUACCCUCUCGAGGCACGGGGAUAUCACAAUGGCACAAGAUAUUAUGGGUUGGCUGUGCGGGGAGCUCAGAAGAGUCGCAGACCUUCGAUUUUGAGGAAGAUGUGGAUAUUUCUGAAACCCAAGGACCCUUUCCACAGCUUGUGCGAUCUUCAACGUUGCUUUUGUGCAAUCCGAAGCUGGUUAGGCUGCUAGAUCUCACAAAUAACACGUUUCUCCCCGAUCUACCCUUUUUCGGAGAGAGAGACCAAGACUCCAUUCUGGACGUGCAUACAAAUCUGCAAGACACCCAGUACAUAUUCGUUCUAACUACAUCAAAGUUGUUUGUAGUCAGGGUAUACUCUACCCAGAGGAAGGAUUGGGGCGAGGUACAGAAAAGCUCUGCUAUCGUGCUAUCAGUAUCGCAUUUCAGAGAUGGCUUCGACCGAAGCUUGAAGUUUGCAGUCACCCCAGGGGCUGUAUCGUCUGGGCAUGCCACUUCCCUGGUCUUCGUAUACUCCAGAAACAACACUCAGGUCGACCUCUUUUCCGUCACUAUGCCGAAAAAGAACCCCUCUAGGGUCUCCUAUCAUCGCGAGGUAGUUUCGUUGGAUGCCGUUCAUCGCUCAUCCCCAGACAUAGCUCUCCAAAGUAUAUAUUUUCAUCCUACGCCAGUCAUUUUGAAAUCUCCAAAUACACUAGCUGAGUUUACACGGCGUCUGGUCCGGCAGAAGGUUCGAUUUUAUCAGCUUUUUGCUAUGACGAAAGACAUGUGUCUUGUUUCUAGUCUCUGCACAUCCACAUCUACAUUAACCAUCAAUCAGAUAAAACGUCCGGACCACAGAGUAUCUCGAACCAAAGACCGGCCUAAAGAAAGAAAAAAGCUGCUGAAAUAUAUGACGUCCCAUUUUGUUGUGCCGGAUGAUAUCGACGUGCAUAAUUAUGAAGAUGGAAGCGUCCAAGACGUCACGAAAAUAUUUCAUCCAUGGCCAACAAUACGAAGGCCCCUUGGGAUAUUCUACGAGUACAUAUGUACGGCUUUUUCUCUCCAGAUUAAAGAAAGUCAAGAACAGUCUUCCAGAGAGGAAAACUUUGGUUCUAAUCCGUUCGACCAUGUUCGUGGUGUUAUUGGGCAAGCUAUUCGGGAUGGAACCAUGUCUGCCACUACUCUUUUCGAAACGAUGGAAGACCUGGCGUUGCCGGCCGAUUUGAGGCAAGCUGCUACCGAAUGGGACUUCGAAAUAGAACAGCUCGGGCAUAUUAACCCUGACAUAACAUUAAUAGCAUUGAAUCGACCACUCAGCCAGGUCACGGAGCCAGCAACUUCACUGCACGGACUCUUUUCUGCCCUUUUCAGUAUGGCAUCCAGCUCUGGUUUAAGCGAAGAGCACCGAAACUGGAUGGAAGUAGCAAAAUCUACCGUAUUCCGACAGAUGGCAUGUGAUGUUUAUUUGUCCCUCUUUGGGCUGGUUCAUCGCCAAAUAGAGUCGAGGCAGACCCAACGAUCUCUUACCGAGGAGCUAGAAAGCAUGGCUAUCGACAGUCAGCCAGAAAGCCGCAUGGGGAGUUUGUCAAGAUCACAGUCCGAGGUGCCUAUUUCGGAACCCAAUACGCCUAGAGCGGAAAGCCAAGGGGAGGAUCCAGCUAUGGCUCUUUUAAGGUCAUACACAGGUAACGGCAAGUUUGUACCGGUAAAGCGUACAAUGCUCCUGGACAAAUGGGAAGUCGGAGCUAACCCUGAUACUUAUGUGUUCGAUCUUGAGAGAAAUAAGGAGGUGACUCCCGGGAUGGAGAGGAGAGCAAAGCAGCUAGCCCGCGAAAGUCGGAAAAGACGUAGGGCAGAAACACUACUCCAGAUGCAGAAAGACAAAGAGCCAAAUCUGCCGGCUACCCAACCAGCGCUAGAUACCCGCUUCUUCAACCAGCAUAGCCAGCCUGUUGCGUAUUCUUCACAGACCCAGGCAAUGAUGUCAGAUCCGUUACAGACUAUGUCUCAGCCAAUACCGGGUAUCUUUGGUCGAAGAGACGAGCGGCCGAAGAAAAAAGUUAAAAAGCGGAAAGGAGGGUUUUAGUAGUGCUUAGAUAUUGGAGUAUCAGUGUUUAAUAAAAAGCUGCCAGGAGUC